GAUCAUAUACACAAAAACAAUGAACAUAGCAGUGACUCUGACAAUAAUGCUUGUACCAAGCUAGCAAAUAUAUAUUUCCCAACUGUCUCCUCCAAAAGCGAGUGAACAACGAGGCUGUGACCGCCGACAAUGGCGGCCACGCCACCCACUCCGUCUUUAUCGCUACCUUCGAACAAACCCCUCAAACAAAAACCCUUUCACACUCUGCUUCACCCCUCUAAGAACAACAAAAACGGUUUCUCUUUCAAUUUAAGGUGCGAGAUCAAAGGCUUUGAGAGCCAUCAUCGGGGCUGGACAAUUGAGCGCGUUUCCGAUAUGAGCAAAGACUCCGUUCACACCAACCCUUCUCCUUCUCCUUCUUCUUCGUUGGUCUCUUUCUCUGCUGCUUCCUCUGCUUCCGAAUUCCCCACCAAGAAUGCAAAGAAAGUUGUCCUCUUUUACUGCGCCGAGACCAAGGCCCUCGCCGAGAAAAUCGCCGUCGAGUCUGACGCCAUCGAACUUCGUAACAUCUCUUGGGGCAAGUUUCCUGAUGGCUUCCCCAACAUUUUCAUUCCUAAUGCUCAAGGAAUUCGUGGACAGCAUGUGGCUUUUCUGGCCUCAUUCAGUUCUCCAGCAGUGAUUUUUGAGCAGAUUCCUGUCAUUUAUGCGUUGCCAAAACUUUUCAUUGCUUCAUUUACCCUUGUCCUUCCAUUUUUCCCAACCGGUACUUCGGAGCGUAUGGAGGAUGAAGGAGAUAUUGCCACAGCUUUUACUUUGGCCAGGCUUUUGUCAAACAUACCCAUUUCUAGGGGAGGACCUACUAGUCUGGUCACAUUUGACAUUCAUGCUUUGCAGGAGAGAUUCUACUUCGGUGAUAACAUAUUACCGUGCUUUGAGAGUGGCAUACCAUUGCUUAAAAGAAGACUCCAGGAUCUCCCUGAUUCUGAAAAUAUAGCAAUUGCUUUUCCUGAUGAUGGUGCUUGGAAACGAUUUCAUAAGCAACUGCAGCAUUUUCCAACGAUAGUUUGUGCAAAAGUUCGGGAAGGAGAUAAACGGAUAGUUCGUAUUAAGGAGGGAGACCCUAGGGGUCGGCAUAUUGUCAUUGUUGAUGAUUUGGUUCAAUCAGGUGGAACUCUGAUAGAAUGCCAGAAAGUCUUGGCAGCUCAUGGAGCAACAAAGAUUAGUGCUUAUGUGACUCAUGGAAUUUUUCCAAAUAAAUCAUGGGCACGCUUUGGACAUGAUAAUGGGGGGCAUCCAGAGAGUGCAUUUACAUACUUCUGGAUCACAGAUUCAUGCCCCUUAACAGUGAAGGAGGUAAUGAAUCGGCCACCAUUUGAGAUUCUCAGCCUUGCAAGCUCCAUAUCGGCCAGUCUCCAGAUCUGACGAGAACAUAAUGUUAUUUUCAUCUCAUGCCCAAAAUAAAAUGCACAAAGUCAAAAGAAGAGACCUGGUUGAUAAUGAUAGUCAUAUAGUUGAGCUCUUGGACUUGAGUACGCGGCUUAUAGUAAUAGAUACAUGCAGGGGAGUAAAAGACGGCAUAAAUUGUUUUAUCUUUAGUAUUGUCUUCCCCCCCUCAACUUUAUCAUUGCAACAUCUACCUCAGUCGCUUGCAUACUGCUUAAUGAUAAUAGUUCAUAGAAUGUUGGUGUUAAAAACAAUUGUGUACUUUGGGCCUCAUGGAUUUUGGUAGUUUCAAUCGAAGUGUAUCUUUCCAAAUUAAAUAAAUGAUGAUU